CGCGUAAUACAAAAUAUUGUUUAGUUAUGGUGGUCAUCGAAGCCUGCAUAUUUUAAAUAAUAAGAUAAACCAAACUCCAGUUUCUAAUACAUAAGUUUAUAAGAAAUUACAGUUUAUCGAAUUCCGGACCAUCAUAAUGUCUAUACGGAGGAUUGCUUUGGUUGCCAUGUUAUAUAUGGGCUUUUCUAUUUCUAUCAUUUUUUCCAACAAAUUAGUCCUGACUACUUUCAAAUUUCCUUCAUAUUUAUUACUUGCAUUAAUUCAAGUCGGUUCCUUUCUUGAAAAUCCUUAACUUUUCCUUUUAGACUCUGUUCACUUUCGUAAUAAUACAAACUUUAUGUUCAUCUCGCAUCCGAUCAGAUGAUUUCACAGAAAUUCCUAUUAAAGCAUGUUAUUUGAAAUAAAUUUUGAGAUGGUGAUUUAAUGUAGAUUUUACCGCUGUCCAUUUUUUCUGCAGUUGAUAUUAUUAUGGGUAUUGCUGGUACAGGAAGUCUUAGUUUACCUUUGUUUACGGCUUUACGAAGGAUUUCUAACGUUUUCAUUAUGGUUGGUGAAUAUCUUUUGCUAGGGACUAAAAGAAGUAUUCCUAUUUACUUAUCAGUCAUUGUUAUGGUUAUUGGAGCAGUAAUUGCUGCCAUUGGUGAUAUUACUUUUGACCCUGUUGGAUAUACAUACAUUCUAAUUAAUAAUAUAUCAACAACUGGAAAAGCACUGUUAACAAAAUCAAGACUUAGAGAUUAUGAUUUUUCAAGCCUUGAGCUCAUAUACUUUAAUUCCUUAUUGAUGCUGCCAAUUCUCUUCAUUUUAGUAUAUGUACAAUGUGACUUUACAGAGAUUAUUCAAUUUGAACAUUGGUUCAAUCCGUUAUUUUUAUUAUAUUUUAUAUUCUCGUGUUGUUCUGCUGUGGCAUUAAAUUAUACUCUUGUCCAAUGUACUCAAUAUACUUCUGCAUUAACAACUAGUAUUUUAGGUGUUAUUAAAAAUAUAUUAGUGACCUAUGGUGGGAUGUUUGUCGGUGGUGACUAUGUGUAUACAACGCUUAAUUUCGUUGGUCUUACUAUAAGUACUUUUGGAGCAGUUUUGUAUGUGGUUUACAAUUACAAAUCCACCCAACCAAAAUGUUUACCAACCAAAUCAAGAACUUUAAUUGGUUAAUUGAAAUUUCUAAGAGUGUAUAUAUAUAUAUGAAUGAUCAUGCAAUAGGAUUACAAAAAAAACAACUGGUCUAUUAAUAAACUUUUUAAUUAGUUCUGUGUAAUUAAUUUUAUUGUUUUUUUUUCUAAUUGCAAUAAAACAAUGAGUUUUUGUAUUAAUUUACACAAAAACAGAUAUGAUUACAAUUUAGAGGUUAUUAUUUGUAAAAAAUUUAUUUCAUUUUGAUUUUAUUUAAAAUAAUUGGGUACUUUAAAAA